AUGAGUCUGUACAUUAGACGUUUUAUGGCCUCGUCGGCGGUUCGACUCAACACGGCAGUCAAGGCUGCUGCUGUGACGGAGUCUGUGGCCACGGAGGAACCUGUUGCCGCGAAAACAGAGCCCGUUUCCAACGUUCUGGACGAGCUGAAAAACCUGUCCAAAGACGAGUUCGAAGAGCUCUUGAACUCGACCCCAAUGCCAACACUCAACAGAGACGAUUUGGCCAUGCGCAAGUUCAAGCGUCUGUUCAAGGCGUUCGUCAACAGAGGCGAGCAGGAGUCGUUUUCUGCGUCGAAAUCGAUGAUCGCAGACUACCCUAAUCUGAUUCCAACAGGACAGGCCGAGCCGUACUCGGAGUCAGAGCUGGUGGUGCGCCAGCGGUACCACGACAAGAUCCUGGGCGGGCUGGGGGCCGAUGUGCAGGCCGUUUACAGGCCCCACGAGCUGAUCAGCCGGCCUCCUUCGGCGAACCAGAUCACCGUCCAGAAACUGCUCGCAGCAGGAGCACAUCUCGGCCACUACACCCAGCUCUGGCAGCACAAGACACAGCCCUACAUUUACGGAAUAUACGACGACCUGCACAUCAUCGAUCUGGAGCAGACGUUGACCCAUCUGCGGCGUGCGGCCAAGGUGGUGGAAGGUGUGGUUGAGAACGGAGGUACCGUUCUGUUUCUGGGGUUGAAAGAGGGCCAGCUACGGGCGGUGCGUGCUGCUGCGGGCCGGUGCAACGGGAUGUACGUGGCCAGCAAGUGGGUUCCGGGAACGAUCACCAACAGUUUGCGGAACGCCAAGCCGCGUAUCGAGGUGGACAUGAGCGACGUCCCAACGGGCCGGGACCUGACAGACUUCGAAGAGAGAUCAACGUUGAAGCCGGACCUGGUGGUCACUCUGAGUGCGCUGGACAGCAAAACAGCCCUGGGAGAGGCAGCACAGUCCCGGAUCCCUAGUAUCGGUAUCGUGGACACCAAUUGCGACCCAGACCUGGUGACAUACGCUAUUCCUGCCAACGACGACAGCAUCAGAGCUACGAAUUUGAUUUGCGGAGUGCUGGCAAAAGCAGCCGAGCGCGGAUACCAAAGAAGAAUGGACUUGGUGUUGAGAUAUAAAAAACAGCAUGGAGCAGACAGUACGACUCCAGUUUCUCAGAUCGACUUUGAGGCGGCCAACAUGGCCAAUUAG